AUACUAUUUUAUUAUUUUUUCUAGUGAAAAUGGCUGCCUUUCAGCUUUAAACCCCAGCGGUUCAUGGAACAAAUAUCCAUCCCUUAAACCAGAAUUAGCACGAUCGUUCGGAAAGAAAGCAUCUCGCGCUUCAAGAAUGUGCAUAUUACUGCGUUAAUAAAAUGAUACUUUUGCUUUCAAGAAUGGAAGAUAGAUCUGUUUCAUGUUUAACCCUUUACAUUCCGUGAUCCGCGUUCCAGAUGAGAAAAUGAUGCACCAAGUAGCCAGCAACAGCAACGACUAUGGUCUGGGUAGCAUUGGGGAUGAUGGGCAACACCCAGCCAGUCAUUUUGAGUUGUGCAGUUCACAGUCCAACAAAUUUUACCCCACUGUCCCACCUCCCUCUCUACAACUGCCACUCCCAAACUUGUCCCCCUUGCCACAGAGCAUGAUCAAACCCAUGUCUUGCCAGAUGCAAGACUCCCAGAAUGAAUUUCACUCCCAAACCGUUCGAAUGAGGGGUGCAGAUGCUCCAGAGGGCUCUAAGAAAAAGAAGGGCCUAGGGAAGUCCGGACGACGAGGCAGGCCCUCGGGUACCACUAAGUCUGCAGGCUACAGGACAAGUACGGGACGGCCGCCUGGGACCACAAGAGCAGCAGGUUUUAAAACCAGCCCAGGAAGGCCACUGGGCACUACCAAAGCGGCAGGCUACAAGGUGAGCCCAGGUAGGCCUCCGGGCAGCAUCAAAACACUAUCAAGGCUUAAUAAACUGGACUAUGGCGCCUGCAAUGGUGCACCGUUCCCUUACACCAUGAUGCAGAAGAGGGCCUUGUGCGAAGCCGCUGUGAAAGAGAAAGACACUACAGAGUGAAAAACUUUUUUUUAUUUAUUGCAAGGAGGGACUAGGGAUGUGGGUGCAUGUCCAAAGUCACAGUGAAUUGUGUUUGCAAUGUCAAACUCUUGCAAGGAACAAAAAAAAAAAAAAAAAAGAUGAAUUUUGAUACCUAAA